ACAGUCUCGAUAGAGUACUCACUGCGAAAACAUCGCUACAUAAUUUCGCGAAGGCAGCAGCAGAAUCGCCUGAUUAUAAACAUUUCAAAGCGAGUUUCACAUCCAAAAUUUAAGUCGAUUUCGAUUUAAUUUUUUUACAUUCCAUGAUUCUGGUUCUUGUUGGCAGAGAAUAUGACACAGUGAGCUUCAAACAGACCUACGCAACAGGUAAAAGCAACUGAGUGCAGCAUAGAGGCAGCUUUCAGUCAUUGCCAUAAUCAGCACCAGGAUGACGGUGAACAACAUUCUCUGGUUUCGCCAUGGUCUCAGGUUACAUGACAACCCAAGCCUACUUGAGGCGCUACGCAACGAUGGCAGCACAUCGGAAUCGGUUCGGUUGUAUCCAAUUUUCAUCUUCGACGGAGAAAGUGCUGGAACGAAAGUGGUCGGCUACAAUCGGAUGAAGUUUUUGCUCGAAUCGUUAGCUGAUCUUGACCGUCAGUUGCGUGAAAUUGGCGGCCAGUUGUAUAUAUUUAGGGGCAAUGCGACUAACGUGAUGCGGAGAUUGUUUGAGGAACUGAAUAUUCGAAAACUGUGCUACGAGCAGGACUGUGAACCCAUCUGGAAGGAACGGGACGAUGGAAUUGUGAAUCUCUGUAAAACGAUGGAUGUGAAGUGCGUCGAGAAGGUAUCGCAUACGCUGUGGGACCCGGAGCAGGUCAUUCGAACCAAUGGCGGAAUUCCACCGCUAACGUACCAGAUGUUUUUGCACACCGUCAACAUAAUCGGCAAACCACCACGACCCGUCGCCGCACCUAGUUUCGAAUUCGUAGAGUUCGGUACAGUACCGUCGAUUCUUGCGCAGGAAUUAAAGCUCCAAGCCCGCAAUCUUACUCCAGAGGAUUUUGGCAUUUACUAUGACGGUAAUCCGGACAUCUCCCACAUACAAUGGAUCGGAGGGGAAACCAAAGCGCUCGAAUGUCUAGGUCGCCGGCUGAAACAGGAAGAGGAAGCAUUCCUCGGUGGAUACUUUCUGCCCACCCAAGCCAGACCGGAAUUCCUGGGGUCACCCACAUCGAUGAGUGCUGCACUACGCUUCGGUUGCCUGUCUGUGCGUAUGUUCUACUGGUGCCUUCAUGAUCUGUUCGAAAAGGUUCAAGCCAACAGUGAGUAUAAAUAUCCUGGAGGACAUCACAUUACUGGCCAGUUGAUUUGGCGGGAAUAUUUCUACACUAUGUCGGUGCAUAAUCCCCAUUACAGCGAAAUGGAAGCCAAUCCGAUAUGUUUAAAUAUUCCCUGGUACGAACCUAGGGACGAUUCGCUCGAUCGCUGGAAGGAAGGUCGCACUGGGUUUCCGUUGAUAGAUGCCGCUAUGCGGCAGUUGUUGGCCGAAGGAUGGUUGCAUCAUAUUCUCAGGAACAUCACAGCCACAUUUCUGACACGUGGCGCCCUAUGGAUCAGCUGGGAAGCUGGCGUGCAGCAUUUUCUCAAGUACCUGCUUGAUGCGGACUGGUCGGUAUGUGCUGGGAACUGGAUGUGGGUUUCAUCGUCUGCAUUUGAAAAGCUGUUGGAUUCAUCCUCGUGUACUUCCCCGAUCGCUUUGGCACGUCGCCUCGACCCCAAAGGAGAGUACGUCCGACGCUAUCUGCCCGAAUUAAAGAACCUACCAACGUUAUAUGUCCACGAACCAUGGAAGGCACCGCUGGACGUACAGAGAGAAUUUGGUUGCAUAGUCGGUACAGACUAUCCAGCACCGAUGAUUAAUUUGGCGGAAGCUAGCAGACGGAAUGCAAACACCAUGAACAGUAUCCGUCAGAAGUUAAUUGAACGAGGGGGAUCCACUCCACCCCACUGUCGUCCCUCGGAUGCCGAUGAGAUUCGAAACUUCUUCUGGCUACCCGAGGAUGUCGUUGCGGACUGUUAAAUGGGCACUUACAUAACAAAUUGUUGUCUAAUCUGUUUUAUUAAUGUAAUAGAAUGCUAGUGAUGUCAAUUGAAAAAGGUAGCCAUAAUCAACGAGAAAGAGCUUAUUUAUGAACGGUUAGGAUAAGAUAUGAUACAAAGACGUUUAUAUUUUUUGGUGGAGAAUUCGAGCGGUUUUAUAAUUUGAUUAGUGUUGAAUUUUACACUACAUACAUAGCCAACUAA